CGAAGACGGUUCAUUUGCAAUUCAAAGUACACGGAAUUUUCAUGACAUCCAUGAAUUACCGUAGAAGAAGAUAACAUUAGGACAGCCAAGAAAGAGAGAAGAAUUAUUUAAACGAGACAACAGGCCAGUAAACAAAACCGAAAAACAUAACAUCGAAAACUGCCUGGAGGAACAACUUGUCUAUGCAAGUUUAUUAAUCUACAAAAUCGCUUUGCAACGACGAAGAAAACCCGUAGUAGAUUGAAGUUCGUGCGUAACUUUCUGUUUUUUUAUCGUUAACUACAGGAUACAAGAGAAAAUUUAUACCAUUGGACAAAAGGCGAUGGAAUAAAAAAAUACCUCGUGUUGGAUGAGAUAUGAGUUUUAAAAAGACUUGAUGAGUUCUGUGGCUUCACUAGUAUUACUUUGAAGUCAUCUUAACAUCACACGCAACGCAGCCACGGAAAAAAAGGUUAGUACCCAAAUAAAUAUAUGAUCAAAAAGUCAUAACUCUGAGACCGGGCGCCGGAGAGAACAGCAAAAAAUAUGAUUACUACGCUUCUGAGAAGUGUAGCUCAAUGAGUGUUAUUGCCCGACGCAAAUUAAAAUCAAGAUAAAAUUCAGAAAUUAAGAUCAGAAAUUAUUUAAACCAAAAGUCAAAUGAAAAGAAAGGGGAUUUAUUCAACGAUCAAAGGAGCAACAAAAAGUUAAAUCUUUUCAUUCCUUUUCAACGCCUAAGCUAGGAGCAAUUAACGGAGACUAGAUGGUGCUGAAGUUAAAAAUAAUUGAUCGAACAUGUUCGAAUAAACAAACUUUCCUCUCUUGUACCGGGAAAAAUUUCUAGACUACAAAGUUUGGAAACGAAAACAAAAAUGGUUGUUUUAUAAAGUUUAUACUGUUCCUCAACAUCUAAUGGUUAUUUACCACCAUAUUGUUGACGAUAAACGUAAAAAUCCGAAUGCGAAUGGCCCAUGAUGGAGAUUCGAAAAUCUGCCGUAUCACUCAUAUAAUUUCUAUUCGAAAAAAAAGUAAGUAUUACGCAUCUGCUUCAAAAAAACGGCCCUCGCUAUUUCAGCGCGAACAAAGAAACCUAAAAAAACUUCAUGCCCCAAUAUAUCUCGAUUAAAGGGCUAUUUUCUAGCAAAAAAAAUGAUUUAACACUUCAUUGAUACAACUAUCGCACGCGUUGUAAUCUUUCGCGUGUGUAUGAGCACGGGUACAACAAAAUCAAACGAAAACCUACGCAUAUUUACAAGAAAUGCCUUGAAAAUUUCCCUCUACUUAUCCAUGUUAAACUAAACUUUGGGUCUAGAAUAUUUUCAGUUGUGAGCAUUUUGUGGUGGGAAUAUAAAAUCGGAUGCAUUAAAAUAAUACCGAGUAGUUUGAGUAGGAUAAUUUUAGCGGAAGCGCGACCACUCAAUCUUCUCGUGAGCAUUUAAUAUUUGUCACUUCCGAAAAAAACACAACAUACGAAAUGUCAUUUGCAACAUCCGCGAGCAAUUCAAUUAGAAAGCGCAUUUCAUCUUAAUUUGUCUUCCACAGAUGAACAAAACUGCCGGAGUACAUAUGCACAGCUGAGAAUCAGACACAAUAGGUAAUGUUUACGAUUUGCUCACAGCCUCGCACCAAAUGACAAGUUUGGAAAUCGACUUUUGUUCUUCACACAAAAGUGCUUUCACGAUGUACGCGAAAAUACGACUCGCUUUGCGAGCUCAACACAUAUGCAAAAAUUCACAAUAAAGCUUUCUUGCACGAUUAAAAGAAAAUCGAGUCGGUAAAAGUCAGAAUGUCAAACAUGCAAGUUUUUUGGAAGCUAGAGAAAGAUUAACAUUGGGCGAAAAAAAUCUCAAUUGAGAUUAGAAUAAUUGGUGUAGAAGAAACAGGCCAACUCUAUCGUUUUAUUGUGGUCUCUAUCAAAAAUUGUUCCGACUUCGAAAAAAUAUGCGCAUAUGCGCAUGCCCAAUUCACAACCCAUGCAUUCUUGCGUAUGGCGGACGGUUUCCUGGGAGAACAACUGUUUAGGAAAUACCUCAAUCUCAAAAUAUCAUUUCUCCCUUAAAUCUUGACAAAUCAAUGUGCGGGAUAGUAUGAAGAAUAACAAAUACAAUCAAUUACGCGAAAUUUUCUGGAAACUUGUAAUUGUUUGAAGCCACAUACGAAAAAAACUCAACCUGAACGGUGGAGUCUUAUUAACCGAGUUUUGACAACAGCCAACAUCUUAAGCAACGAUAUCGAGCAGAAAACAAAAAUUACAAUAACAGUAAAACGUACUAUAGAGAAGGUUUCUUUUUAUAAAUAAAUUAACUAGGGUGAAUAACAAAAUGAGGUGGUAAUUAUCCGUUAAAAACGGCGUCAAGAACAGAACACACUAUCGCAGUACCACUCGUUUUACGCUAUAGAACAAAAAGAAGUUUUGCCUGUAGCCUCAUAGAAGAACAGGUGAAGUUGUAAAAGGCGGCUUAAAAGGUUACGUAGGAAGAAUAUUUGUGGUAAAUAUAGCUGUCUGUUUACGGGAAUAUCCGUUAAAAGACUUUCUCGUCCAUUCAUAAUUGCUUGCUUCCUUCUCUUAGUGUUAAGGGUCCAUUGCCUCAGUUGUUUACUUGCGAAACUCGAAAAUAAUGUAAUUUUCGACCGCUUUCAGCGAUCCAUGCUGUCAAAGUCUAUCUAGGAAUGACAGCAGCUCUCCUUAAUCCUUUCAUUCACAAGUGCAAUUUCUCACAUCCCAGCAGGACAUAGUAAACAUGUUUAUUCUGCGUGCGUAAGUCACAUCUGACCCUCUCGAGUUCAAAAGUCACCGAAAACUCGCUUUUGUUUCAUAUAACCGCGUUCGUGACCAUAGAGUUCCUGUAAGUUUUCUGAUUUUUUGUUUGUUUGGCCGUAUAUCGGCUUCGUUGUCUGGUUUUUUGCGUCAUCCGGAUAUCCAUGUCAAUUCAUACCCACUGGUUAUAUGUAAAUAGGAGGAAUUAUUUAUUCUAAGGCACAAGAAAGGCACAAUAUCAGGAAAAACCUCGAAAUUGCAUAUAGACACAAAAAACUAUUCCAAGCAACCAAAAUGUGGGUGGUUGAAGUCUCAAAAGAUGAUCGACAAAAACUUGGAACCUCUGCCGCAUCAAACCGAAUAAGUUAACUACUCAAAAAGAAUACUCAAAACACGAAUAUAAUUCAACAUUUGUACUCUUUUUCACUAAAGGACUCCGAUUCCACGCCAGCUGCGCAUAUUUCUUGCCUUUUUAAAACCUUUUUCUUACACGGAAGCCCCAGUCCAGUGGACUAGGUCAUCUUUAUGAACUUUAUUUCCAAUAGCACGUAAGAAAAUCUUGGGUUUGAGUUUUACCAAAAUAUCGUGACAAUUUUCCCCGCAAAAUUAUUACCGAAUUGAAUAUAAAAACAACAAAAAAGCAUCAAUGGGCAAAGAAACCAAUAGAUCAAAUUUGAGUUACAGCAGAAGAUCAAUUAUAAAAUGUUUGUUUGAUCAAAGUUCCGGUCGUCAUAAAAUAAUCGGAACUUUACGAGACUAAUUGAUCUGUGGUAAAAAAGAAAAAGAAAAGAAUUUUGACAAGAGAUUAUCAGAUAUGAUACCACAAAGAUAUAAAAAUAAAAAUGCACGAAAGUGCUUGAUUAUAACUAUAAUAUAAUUAUUCAAAGCGGCCGGCGAUAAACUGGCUUUUUAAGAAAGGAUGAAAGAUAUCGAAUAACCAAUUAACGAAAUAGAAUCGACUUUUAUUUUUAGAGUUGAAAAAGAAGAUAUCAAUUACUAGCAAACUUCCAAUGAAUACAGUUUGCAUUAGCAAAGUUAGCGCCGGUUUAAGAUGGAAGAAGAAAAAUUUUUGCAUUCAGGAGUGAUUAGUACUAAAAUUCUCCUUACAAUUUCCUAACAAUGUCAUAAAAGCGGGUAAAGAGAAUUGAGGAAAUGAUCAUCACCGAGAUGAAUGAAUUUUAACAACAGCUAACAAAGAAAUGUGUUAACAUCGAUUGAGAAAAUUAGUUUUCAAGAAAUUUUCAAUCUAACGAAUUUGUUCUGCCUCUCUAAGCUGUGUGAUUUGUCUCAAAGUGGAAAUUUACAGGUCAAAAACUUAGUACCCUGCAAUACCUGUGGAAUAAUCAGAUUAAAUUAUCAUAUAAUCUAUUGCUGUCAGAGUCUUGAGCCAUCUUGGAGAUAACCAGCAAAAAGAAAUUUAGACGUUGACUGAUUGAAAAGACGCCGAGACAUUUUACAGUGGUUUACUGUCAAACAAAACAAAGACAAAUGACUGUGAAGAUGUAAAAUCAUACUUUUGAACUGCGGACAAAUAAAUGAAUAUGGAAGCGAUCUUUGCAGUAAUGACCACUACUUAAGCCGUAGUGAAAAUAAGGCCUAGAAAAAAUUCACGCCUGUACGGGAUUAGAACCCAUGACCUCGACGAUACUAGUGUAGUGCUCUUCCAACUAAGCUAACUAGACAAAUGGUUGCUGGUCGUUAGGUUGGUUCCAAAUAAACCCAUGAAGAGAUGAAUAAAUGACUGUAAAUAUAUGAAAAUCAUUUAAUUCAUAUAAAAAAAACAAAGACACUACGUAAAACGACUGUCGUUGAAUUGGCACUUCAAAAACGCAAACUGGUUUCACUACAAGCAAAAUCUUACCUGUAACCCGGUAGAUAUUGCAUCCACAGCAACACCAGGGGACUGAGACCACAGACCAUCCACAAUCUGAGAAGUACAAAAGUAAAUAAAAUGGAAGGCAUUGUGCAAAGAACAGGAUUUUAGUCAGCCGUGAAGACAUUUUGACAGUUUACGUUAAUAACAACAUCAAAUGAGUUUUCGGUGAAACGCUAAACUACAAAUGUUGAAAUUAGUCAGAAGUCAACGGAGGCAGAAACACAUCGAGAAAACAGAGUGUUGUAAUUCUACUAUAUUAUACAUAAUGAUGACCAGAGAAAAAGUAGUUUUCCUUUAAUUACCCUGUCGUCCGAAGUUAUACAGCUUUAAAUUACUGCAGCUUCAUCUCUCACGCGAAAUCAAAUGUGAGAUUCAAUGAACAGUUACCUUGAUCACGGCUUGGUGUAAUUGAAACAAACUGUUCACAAUGGCAGCGUUCUUUUGCUGAGCUGGAGUCACGUGGUCAUAUAACUGAUUUCCUUCGGGCCCCGCGACGAGCUGUACAGAGAAAUAAACGCAGUUUUCGUCACCAAAACACAACGUUGUUUCAUGAAAUAUAACAUUUUCUACUGGAAAAAGAGCAGUUCACCAACGACUCUUAAACGACUCUUCUGAUCACCAUGACAAUACAUGGGUACGGGAAGGGAAAAUCAUGAUUCAUGAACCCAGUGCAAGUCCGGGAAAAUCAAGUAUAAAUCCGGCAUGAGCAGGUAUCACAUAACUAGCAAAAAGGAGAGAAAAAUUCAACCAAUACCAAGGGUGGAAGCUUAAGUGUCUUGGACUUAUGCAGGACAAUAAAGACCCAGAAAAAGGCAGGAAAAUAUGUAUCCAGUUCCAAGAGCGGGAAAUAUGCAAUUAGCAGCUACAACGAGCAAACGUAUCGCUAGAAAAAGAAAGUGGGGGGGAGGGGGAGGAGGGGAAAUGUGUGGCUGGUGAUUAGGUAGGGAAAACCUAAGCAUGUAAACAAGAGUUUAAAAAACUGUAAACAGAGAUUAAAAGAGGUUCAUAUUUCCUGCUUGACUAGGAAAGACGGAAACCCCUUGCAGCCCUAUACAACUCAGUUUUAAGAAAGACUACCUUUGAAAAUAUUUCCGACCCUUAAGAUUGUCAUAAGAAACCUAAGUUAACGCCAAAUCUUUCAAUUCAAAGUAAUGGAUGACGUCGAAAUCAGCUGUAAUGCAGGCUGAGAAACUUCAAGCUUGUUUGUACACGUUUAGAAAACCUGCUAAUUAAAGCAUGUUUUCUUUUGUUUUCACGCGUACUUUUGGGGAAAUUUGCUCUUAAUUAACGGCACGGAUUAAGUAUCGGUUGUGAUGAGACAAAGAGUUUCAAAACCCUUAACAGCAUAAAAGAACCGCAAGUAGAAAUCACCGCCGCUGACAAACAAUACCCUCAAAAAUGGUGUAAAAUAAAACCGGUGCAACUCAGGAAGAAAUACGUAAAACAGAGGAUUUUAGGCAACGAACGAAGUACAAAGCAAAACCCUACCAACGAAGACAAAAUGGGAAACGUAAAACUCAAAACGAGUCAUUUUCCCAAAGAAAGGCUUUGAAAGGUUUGUUUCAAUGUGCUUCUUUUGCAAAGUUGACGCGUUCUGUCUCACGGAAACCUUACAUGUUGUAUAUAUUUAGGCCACGAUGAUAAACAAGGAAAACAUUCGCAAGAGGUUUCUCUUUUAACCCAGCUGUCUGUAAGAAUAGAUCUCUUAAGCGUGUAUGUUUUAUUAACUUAUUUCAGUUCAAGUGAUAAUACUCAAGAAAAAUGCUUCUUUUUUAUUAUUUCCACUUAAUCAUAUGCAUGUGUACGUAUAACUUACAAAGGUAGACCUAAGAAUUCCCUUAAGACCUGAAAUGGGUAACAAAACUUACAUUCUCAUUUCAAAGGCGACAUUUGCCAACAUUGUCGACGAAAAUAUGUAAGUUAGGGAUAAAUUGAAAAGCAAAACAAACACCACUUACAAAACAAGUGUAAAAUUAUUUGAAUCUCAUCAUGGAUGAAAAUUUGAUGAUGAAGGAAAAACAAAUCACUUAUACUUGAUAAAAUGAUGUAAGGAAACAACACCAGAUGAAAAACUACUAAAUAAUUUUAAUUGACUGAACUCGUAAGUCAGAAAUAGGAACGGAAUCGGAUUUUAACUAACGACAUCUACAAGCAUCGGUUCUUUUAAAUUAAUAUUUCAGUUUAAAAUGUACAACUCUAUAGUAGGGUUUCAUUACAAGAAACGAUACUUUCGUAGCACGACACAGGUCUCCAUUCGUGUCAUGAAGAACCAGUCAAGUUACAAGAGAGAUUUUGCAACAAAUAACAGUUCGCUUCGUUAAAAAAAUGUAACCAAUAUAAAUUAUUAAACUGAACAAUCAAGAAAGAUUUACAUAACGCAAAUUGAAAGACAAUGUUAUACAAAAAAAAUAACUCUGGUAAAUCUCCGAACAAACAAACGUUCCACAUCGAAAAUUGCGCGCAUUUCGGUGAUUUUAGACGUAAAGGAAUUUUUAGACAUUCGUGCAACGUUUCACUUUCUACCAUUGCGGUUACAACGCAGCUGGUUUAGUUGCCAUUAUCAUAAUAAAUAAAUUUUAGUAAGACUCGUUAUGGUUUCAAAAUGGAAUUAUUUUCCUUUCUAAAUCUUUUAAAUCUUUUUAAUUAAAAUACGAACUUCAAAUUUUCCUCUGACAAGUUUGUGAUAGCCAACUAAGAGUGAAAAGCUUGAAAAAGUUUAAGAGUAAAAAAAACAACAUCAAAAGUUAAAACGCGUGCCUAAAAUGUGCAACUUGCAAUCGAAUUUAAUAACUAAGGCCAGAACCAAAUUCACAUGAAGAUAAAAAAAUGCAAAACAAAAGCAACAAAAUCGACGUUAUAGAGGAUUAUCACAAACAAAUGGCAUUAAAAAGGCUCAGAAUUUUGUGAUUUGGGGUUUGCAAUGUCCCUCCCUUAAUCCAUCAGCAUUGUCUUCGUAUCGGUGACAUUGUUACCCAAGUUUAAGUUGUCAGCAGGCUUAAGUGUUGCUGCAGUUUUUUUCAAAUAGUUGCGACAUAUUCUCAAAAAACACUCGUCGAGCUGCCAUAAGGAAAGCUAGUAGAGAGGGAGAGUUGUCUGAAUUCGCCCUUUGCCCAGGGAUUUCAGACACCACGACGCCCAAAAGGUUCCAUAUUGGGUUAAAAAGGUAACCUCGAUCGUUGCUCAAAAGAAUAUUUGAACAAAAUUACUAUUUCUAUUCAGAUGCAAAAUCCUUCAGCUAGAGAUUACCAGCCAUUCACUAGCGAAAAUAUUCCCAAAUUUUGCCCGACUUUUGCAUAAUGACGCGAUCUAACCUCUCUCCACAUUUUGAUGUUUUCGCAGAAAAACUGCAGUCUGGAGACCUUCCGCUAACAAAAACUUCAACUUUCAUCCAAACAAGUGAACAGACAUGGAAAUGAAAAGGAAGACAAGAACACUUUUUCUGCGAGUUGCCAUGUUAAUAGUGUACCUCACAUCGGGUGCGGCGAUAUUUUCGGCACUAGAGCACGAUGGGCAAUCAACUGGUGCCCACUUUGCAAAGAAAAUCGAUCAGUUAAAGGAGAAUAUGACGCAAAGAUUUAACGAAACCAUGGAUGUCAUAGACCUAUAUAUUGCGGAGCUUCGUUUUCUGUUUGAAAAGGCGCACAGAUGCAAGUACAGUCACAACGACUGGAGUUAUUAUCAGUCAUUGUACUUCGUUGGAAGUGUAACAACCACAAUUGGUAAGAAGUAAGCUUUGUAAAUUUAACAUUGACAAAAACUUCCUUAACCCCUGAGGAUGUAAAAAAAAAGUAAAGCCUUUAUACAGGCCCAAGUGGCCCGUGAGGCCGGCGCUUAACUCCGGUUUCCUUUAGCAUGAAGCGGCUACCCAUUUGUACACCCGGGUGAAGAGAAGCACUGUGAAAGUAAAGUGUCUUGCCUAAGAACACAACACAAUGACCCCGGCCAGGGUUCAAACCCGGACCAUUCGAUCCGGAGUCGAGCGCACUAACCAUGAGGCCACCGCGCCUCUUACAAGAGGAUGACUGGCUUCUAAUUUCUCCUUACAAUAUCGCUCUUGAAUUAAAUGUAACGGUCAUGAGAUUAUAGGAAAUGAUCACUAAUUUAAGAAACCCUAAAAGUCAAAAGAACUUCUUCUUGUCAGUGCCAUAGUUUUUGUAAAGAGAAAAGUGUGGGGAAUGUGAUUAUUAAUGUUACAGUGAAAAGGGUGAAAAAUCGUAAGAACAAAAACAUUGACAUGUAAAUAUAUCAAACAGUACCAUAUGGAAGAGCCAUACGGUAGCUUUUAUAUGAAUAGGCCAAAAAUUAGAUUGUAAUAUAUGGACUGAUAACUUAAGGUCAAACCAAUAAAAACAGGAUCACAUGAAAGUUAUAUUCAGUGAUUUUCAUUUGAAUGAUCUCAGUCAAAAGUUUCAUUCACGAACUUAAAAGUUAGAAGCACAUAUGAUAAAUAAUAUCGAAUCUGAAGCUUGGUAGCUACAUGUAUUAUGAGAAUGGCAACAGUCUAGGGUCCCAUUCACAAUCGAAAUAAUGAAACCACCUGGCAGAGCAUAAAUUUAUCUCAUUAGACGUUUUGGUGUGAAGUAUCACUGAGUAUUUUUACGGGUUGUGCCGUAUUUUAACGAGCCUGUAGGGCGAGUAAAAAUACAAACAACGAGUAAAAAUACGCAGCGACACUACACACCAAAACGUCUAACAAGUUAUUUAUUGUCUAGCUCAGUUGCUUCCUUAAAAUGACCACACUCUAUAAGGCUGUAGUUUUAUUUAACAGAAUCAGGAAAUAAGACAAUUUGUCUUUUUUUUUCCAGGAUAUGGACACCUGGCCCCCAAAACACAAGAAGGUCGACUGUUUCUAAUCUUUUUCGCUCUCUUUGGCAUUCCAUUGAAUCUACUGACCCUACAAUCCAUUGGUGAACACAUCAAUUAUGGCAUUCAUCUGCUGAUUAAAUACUUCGAAAAGGCUGCGUUUGAGCGAGAAUUACCAACACAAGAGCAUAUUAAAUGCUUUGCCAUAAAUACCCUUCUCAUUACGCUCUGGAUUCCUCUUGGAGGAAUCAUGUAUUACUACUCUGAGCGAGAAUUCGGCUGGACUUACCUAGACUGCGUUUAUUAUUGUUUCGUCGCGCUAAGCACGAUUGGCUUCGGGGAUCUGGUACCGAAUGAAGGCAAAGAGCCAGACUCGCCUUACGAACGAGGCAUGUGGAUAGUACGUGUAAUGUACUUGGCCCUAGGCCUCUCGCUGUUAUCAAGUGUUUUCACUUCCGUUUUGAGCGCAGCGAAGGAAAUCCAAAGUGUGAUACCAUGUAAACGAGGUAAGAUGUAA